GCGUUUCAUUACACCAUCGUCCUGUCAAGGCGAAACACCACACCGACGGCCAACGGCAAUAUGUACGACCAGGUAUGGCUACGCGAAGAGGACAUCGAUGCGCUUUUCCCAGGAUUAGGGCUUCCCCUUCCUUGCACCGCGGAAGUGGACGGCAGCUCGAGUCCCGCGUCCUACUGUCACAUCAUCGAUAGGCUGGGCUUCUGGAACCGCAUCCUCUGGCGCGCCGGCUUUCAGCUGCGUGAGCUCACGGCGCCCGGACAACUGUCCCUGGUACGCGUAGCCCACGACGGAGGCAGACGACAGGAACAGCACGGCCGGGACGGCCGCCUUCUCUUUCACGUCCUCUUGGAGUGCCAUCGAUGCGUCGUGAGCGUGGAGCUCGACGAAGUUCUUGUCGAAGGAAGUGGACUCAGGGAAGCCAGAGUUCGCGUCUUGUCGGCGCUUCGGAACAACACGAGCCUGCUGUCGCUGAACCUCGUCAGCCUUUUCGGUGACUACAGGUUCAUUCAGGAGGACUUAUUCGCAGACAUCGGCUCAAUGACUCAGCUGCGAGAGCUGGUCAUAUCGGCGACCGGCGAAGCGAUCUCCUGCCUAGUGGACCUUGUUUGCUCUUUGCUGCACACGGCGAGUCUGUCAACCCUGUCAAUCUCGGGGCUACGUUUCGACGAAAUGAACGCCAAGUUCCUAUCGGCUGCGCUGCGGAGGAACGGCACAGUGACCGACUUGUCCGUGCACAGCAGUAUUCUGAACUCCCGGAACUCCAAGGGCGUACCCUCGUUCUCCCGUUACCUCAAGGGUAGCACUACGUUGUCUGCUCUCACCUUAGAGGGCACGAUUGCGGAGCCGGAAGAUACUCUUACGGAGCUAGCUAGUGUAUUAAUUCCUCUAAUUGUGUCCAGUACCCUUCAGAAGCUCAAGCUUUCCGGUUUCCUCUUACACUGCCGCUGCGCGUGGCUGCUCUCUCGAUUCGUGGCUCAACAGGGCGGCUCGCUGAAACACCUCGACAUCAGCGGCUGCAGGUGGGCAUUGGACGGUUCGCCGAAGAGCCUAGACGCUCCAACGGACGACGGCCAACCGUCUGAACCGACCUGUGCGUGGCUGAAGCCAUUCGACGAAACUGAGCAAGUCGGGCUGUCGCACCUCUCAGUCAGCGUAAGGGACUUGAAGCCAGAUGACUUCAAGACUCUCUUCUUCGUGGCCACCUCCGUCGAAUCGCUCAGGACCAUAUCGAUCGAUGACGUGGCGCUAGACGUACUCCCCGAAGUCUUUCGGACUAUUCGUCAGGCCGAAAUCGGCGACAGAGUCCGCAUAACGAGCGAAUACCUGGUCGACUGGGUGGCCCUUUCCGAACUCGAAGAGUUUCGCGAAGCAGUGCGUCGCGUCGCUGUCAGUUGUCUCGAAGCGACGAGCGUGAGUGCGUUCUGUAAGACCGUACAUCUGGUGCGUUCCUGGAACCACGUGACUACGCUGCGACUCGUACUUUCCAAGGAAGCCAUGGGCGACGUCUUCAUGAUGUGGUCUCUGUGCUGUUUCGUGAAUGAGGCUGCCGCGCUGAAGGAGCUCGAACUGGCAGGUUGCGACCGGCCAGACCUGAGUCACUGCCUCGGCGUAGUAACCAUCAACCACAGCCUUCUCCUGGAUGUCAUCUUCUCCAACGCUAGCCUGCGAACAUUGAGACUGAGCCAGAUUCGGUUGGGUGAAGCAAACCUGAACUUUCUGGUCGAUGCAGUCUUUUCUAAUGAUACCAUGACCGAACUUGACUUUAUGUCUUGGGACACUUCCGAGAACGACCGUCUGCUUCGGUUACUUGCCGCCGAUUUCGACAUGAACGCGACGCUACUGCGUUUUCGGGUUUCCAACACUUCCUGCGACGAAAUGGAAGACGAAGGAAGGGCCAUAAUCAAUGCCUUUCUCAGUCGCAACGUGGGUUUCGUCACGUGCGCGUCCCACUACGUGGCGAGAUUCACGGACGCCAAUCGCUGCAUGGAAGCCUUAGCUUCCAUCCCGAGAAGCCGGGCUUUGAUCGACAAAGUCCAGGAACUAGUCGCCGUGGACGAGGCUGAUGCGACGAGCUUAGUUGAAGCUCUGGUGACCAUGGACUUCCCGUGACGUUGUUUUGUUUUUGCAAGUUUCGCGUGUAGUCUUUGACAAAGAGGCCUACGAUGCUCGGCUGUUGUAAACAUCACUGGUAAACAUCAUCACUGUGUUGUUCUAGGCGUGUUCAUACCUGCGUGCGCAGUGCUCCAACGACGCGAAAUCUAAGCAACCCUGCGCUUGCUCUAUUCGGAAAUGUUUCGAAGUUUCA